UGUCUGUUAUUUCAUAUUACUUUGAGACCUUUGCCUAUACUGCUGUGCAAAAGAAGAUCAAACUAUCACAGGCUUAGUAGGCUUCUUUCACAUGCCUGUUCCUGUAGCCCUCAGCCUAAUCAUACUGCCUUGCACCUUGUGAUAACCUCUGUAUUUCAAAGAAAUGUGGUUUAUAUAGAAAACUACCCACAGGAGGAUUCUAAGAAAAUGGUUGUAACCAUUAAAAAAUAAAUGAAAAUUUCUUGGACUUCAGAAAUUCAUAUUUGUUGUUCAGACCUUUGUUUGAAGCUCCCUCAUCAUCAAAAAAGAGCAUGAACUCUGAGUACUACUGGUUUGUAGAUAGCUUUUUUUGCUGUGGAAGUAUUAGUCUUACCAUAUUUGUAGCUUUUUACACAAUUUAAAGUCACAUUGGCAGUUCCUAAAUGUUAUUAGCAGUGCUGUAUAUUUGAAUUUCAUUUGCAUCACAACAUCUGUUUGGUUUGGGCACAUGGACUUGCACAUAAAGUGAUUUGAAACCUGUCCUGUGAAUCACUGUAUACAGAAAAUGUUAAAUAACAUUUAUUCACUGCAAAGGGCGUUUCUGUGUAGCACUUGAUUAGCUACUAUGAGCUUACUCUACAGUGAUAACAGUAGUGGAGCCCGAGACGUGGAGAGCGGCUGCUGUGCAGCCAUGGCCAGUGCCUGCAGCGCUGGAGCAAAAGAAGACAGUGUCAGCAGCGGGGCUGGAAAUCCUCAGAGUUCUUUCACAGAGGAAACACAAGGUUAUGAUGUGGAGUUUGAUCCCCCCCUGGAAAGUAAAUAUGAAUGUCCAAUCUGUUUGAUGGCUCUUCGUGAAGCAGUGCAGACACCAUGUGGUCACCGUUUCUGCAAAGGCUGUAUUGUCAAAUCCAUAAGAGAUGCAGGUCACAAAUGUCCGGUAGACAAUGAAAUUCUGCUUGAAAAUCAACUUUUUCCUGACAACUUUGCUAAACGGGAAAUCCUUUCAUUAACGGUGAAGUGUCCUAACAAGGGCUGCAGUAUGAAGAUGGAGCUGAGGCAUUUAGAGGACCAUCAGCUGCAGUGUGAUUUUUCCACUGUGGAAUGCCCACAGUGCCAAGGAGCCUUCCAGAAGAACCAUCUGAAAGAGCACAUAACACAGGAGUGCCCAAGGCGUCAAGUCUGUUGUCCAAACUGUGCCACAUCUAUGGCCUAUGAAGAUAAAGAGCUUCAUGACCAAACAUGCCCACUUGCCAAUGUAUUUUGUGAAUAUUGCAACACAGUGCUCAUCAGAGAGCAGAUGCCUAACCAUUAUGACAAUGAUUGUCCUACUGCUCCAGUGCCUUGUUUUUACAAUGCUUUUGGGUGUCCAGAAAAGAUGCAAAGGAAUGAACUGGCACGACACAUGCAGGAGUUUACUCAGGUUCACAUGAGAAUGAUGGCACAGAGUUUUCAAAACAUCAGUGUUACUGCAACAAAUCCUGUACCCUUCAUCAAUGGCUUACCCUUUGAGCCUGCCCUCUUCUCACAUGCAUCACAUGCCACGUAUGAUUGUAAUCCAGAAGUUGAAAACUUCAAAGAAACUAUUCAGCAGUUGGAAGGUCGUCUGGUAAGACAAGAUCACCAAAUCAGAGAACUCAUUGCUAAAAUGGAGACUCAGAACACUCACAUGGCAGAACUCAAACGUACUAUCCGAAAUUUGGAGGGAAAGAUUACUGAAAUGGAAGCACAGCAAUGCAAUGGCAUUUAUAUCUGGAAGAUUGAGAACUUCAGUGGACUUCAGAAAGCCCAGGAAGAAGAGAGACCUGUUGUGAUGCACAGUCCUGGCUUCUAUACUGGAAAGCCUGGCUACAAGCUGUGUUUACGCCUGCAUAUCCAGUUACCAAAUGCUCAGCGGUGUGCUAAUUUUAUUUCUCUGUUUGUCCACACUAUGCAAGGAGAAUAUGACAGCCAUCUGCCUUGGCCCUUCCAAGGCACUAUACGACUUUCUAUUUUGGAUCAGUCAGAAGGCCCUGACAGGCAGAACCAUGAAGAAGUAAUGGAGGCCAAGCCAGAGUUACUAGCCUUCCAGAGACCAACAAUUCACCGCAAUCCGAAAGGGUUUGGUUAUGUGACUUUCAUGCACCUGCAAACCUUGAAACAAAGAACCUUUGUAAAGGAUGAUACACUUCUGGUGCGCUGUGAAGUUAUAACACGUCUAGAUUUAAACAGUCUCCGCAGAGAAGGAUUUCAAGCUCGCAGUGCUGAUGGAGCUAUGUAGCUUGAAAGUCUCAACCAGAGGAGUGGAGCCACUAGUCAUGUUAUUCCAUCACAGAGUAUGCUUCAUCAUCCGUAUAUGUUUGCAAAGGAUCAUAAUUGCCAACAUAGUUGAUCUUCACCUGAAUAGAAUUUUGUUGUUGCUGAUAUACUUUUUUUUUUUUCUCUAUGAGGUCAUGUAUUCAAUUAUUUGGUAUUGUUCUCUCUUAAAGUAAUAAGCUACUUCGGUAGCAAGCUAACUAAA